AUGUAGUCUUUUGAAGCAAAAUUAGCUAAUUUAAAUUGCAGUAUACAUGGUUUAGAGAUAUUAUAUGUAAAUAUUGGUUAGAAUGGAACAAAUAAGAGAGCACUAUGUAAAUAGUGUAGAUGCAAUGAUAUAUAAUUACAUAGAAAUUAUCUUAAUGAGGUGGUUUAGGAUUAUUUUGAGAAAAGAAGGAAGGAAGCUAUAAAGUUAAUAUAAAAAUUAUAGUUUGAAUUCAAUAGAAAAUAUGAAUAAAUUUAGGGGCUACUAGAAAAGAUAAAGGAGAUGUUUGAUAGUAAGAUAAAAGAGUUUUCAGAGAAAGAAUUUUUGAAUGAUUUUUAAGAGAAAUAUUUUGGCUGGGGUAUGUUGAGUUUAAAAGAUGUAGAAGAUUUAGGAAUGAUGUUAUCAAAGGAUGUUGAAUUUUAGGAUGAUUAAGUAACAAUAAAGGAAAUAGAUUUUAAGAGUAAUGAUUUAGAGGAAUGUGUUGAAGUAUUGUAAAUAGUUUUAGGUGAGUUAGAGGAGUUAAAUAUAAAUUAAGAGAAGUUAGUAAAAUUGGAUAUAAGUUUACCAAAAUAUGAGAGGGAAAUAUCUCAAUUAGAUUUAUCAAAGGAUGAGGAUAUGGUUGGAGUAGUGACUUUGAAUUAGGAUGUAGAUAUUUGGAAUUUAUAGACAAUGAAGAAAACUGUAUUGAAAGGACAUGAUGAUAUAAUAAAUGCAAUAAUAUUCAGUAGAUUUAGCAAUAGUUUAAUAACAGGAGGAAGAGAGGGAACAAUAAAAGUUUGGAAAUGUGAAGGGAAAUGGAUAAUUCAUGAUAUUUUAAUAGGACAUGAUGAUUGGAUAACAGCAUUAGCUAUAGGGAAUUAAGAUUNGGUUAAAUUAAUAAAUAUUAUGUAGAGGAUUUGA